GGGGAGAAAAACGCCGGCUUUGACGUGCUCUACCACAACAUGAAGCAUGGCCAGCUGGCAACCAAGGAGCUAGCCGAGUUUGUCCGUGAGAGUGCUGCUAUUGAGGAGACUUACUCUAAAUCAAUGAGCAAACUGGCCAAGAUGGCCAGCAACGGAAGUUCAUUGGGGACCUUUGCUCCCAUGUGGGAUGUGUUCAGGGUGUCUUCAGACAAGCUGGCCCUUUGCCACCUCGAGCUGAUGAAAAAGAUGAACGAUCUCAUCCGGGACAUCAACAAGUACGGAGAUGAGCAGGUCAAAGUUCACCGCAAGACAAAGGAGGAGAUGGUGGGGACAGUGGAGGCGGUGUAGGCGCUGCAAGUUCAGAGUGGCACUACAGAAGUUAAAGGAGGGUUACCAAGCCAAGUGCUUGGAGCUGGACCGGCUCAGAAAGGAGGGAGCUCCACAGAAAGAACUGGAGAAAGCGGAGCUGAAGUCUAAGAAAGCGGCCGAGUCAUUUGCGCUGUGCAUCGAGAAGUACAACCGCGUGGGAGGAGAGUUUGAACAGAAGAUGAGCGAGUCCUCGCAGAAGUUUCAGGAAAUUGAGGAGGCCCACCUUCGGCAGAUGAAACAGCUGAUCAAAGGUUACUCCCACUCCAUAGAAGACACCCAUGUUCAAGUGGGACAGGUCCACGAGGAAUUCAAGCAGAAUGUGGAAAACAUCGGCAUUGAUAACCUCAUCCAGAAAUUUGCAGAGCAGAAGGGCACGGGCAAAGACAGGCCAGCUCUGGUUGGUUUUGAGGAAUACAUGACAGCUUUGGCACCAGAAGGUGGAAAGAAGAGUCGAACAAAAGCCUUCAGGAUCCCCGGCCUCGGCAAGAGGGACAAGGAGCCAGAUUCUACAGACUCAGCAUUGACAGAGACACCGAAUUCACCCCUGGAAGUAGACGACGAGGGAUUUGUCAUCCGAGUUGACAGCACGCACAAUGGCUGCUCUGAGGAGAAGGAGAACAACUUUUACUCCAGUGACUCGGACUUUGAUGAUGAGGAGCCCAAAAAGUUCAACAUCCAGAUCAGACCGGUGGCCAGCAGUAAUCGCAGUAACUCUGCUGCCACAGAGAAAGAGCUGAAAGCCACCGUCGGGGCACUCACUCUCCCGCCAAACAGAGUUGUCCGGCAACAGGUGUCAGUCAAGUGGCAUCUCUCCAGAAACUCAAGUACCGCAGGAGGUCGCUCAGAAGAGGGCGAAGGUGGCUCCCACAGGGGUGAGAGACGGAAGGCACUACACAUGUCCCCGCCAGUCCCUGAUCACAGCAGGCUGAGUUCAACAGCGUCUGGUUCAGACAGUCUGUUUGGACCACCGUUGGAAUCGGCCUUCAAAUCCAAAAGCUUUGAUGGUCGGGAACAACUCCGAGAGCAGAGCGCUUUUGGUGCCUCUGAAUAUGCUGCCUUCUCGUCCGACUCCUCCUCUCCAGAGAACGUUGAAGACUCUGGCUUGGACUCACCUUCCCAUCAGCCACUUGGGCCCUCCCCUGAGCCGGUGGGUUGGGCAGCUUGGCCUCCUGUGUCACAGAGUAAAGAGCAGACACAAACACUGGCACGCCCUGCGGACCCUUUCCUCUCUGCUUUCCGUGACCCCUCUCCUGGUCGGAGUCCUCAACCUCAGGACCCCCCUGCCAGCGCCUGGUCCGUCCCCUCGUCACGUCCCUCUUGUGUCCCCCCAGAUAUGGACCCCUCAUCUAUGCGGUUCCCUGCUUUCUCCCAGUCCCUCCCCCCACCUGAGAUGGAGUCGUCAGUGUGGAACUGCAAACACAUUCCCCCCGAGGACCCCUUCCUCGCCGCGUUUGAGAGGACUGUCACCCAGGAGACUUUAAACCUGUCUGACGCCUGGGCGCGUCCUCCGCCUCGCCAAACUCAGGGGGGCAGGGGGAUUGAGGUGCGAGGGGACCCAUUCUCCAUUGCCUUUGCUGACACCAAGACACUCCCAACCUCAUCCUCCUCGUCCUCUUCAUCCUCCUCUAAUCGUAAAGACAGACACAGAAAACGAGAUCAGAGCCUCCCGCCUCCUGUUACUUCUGAUGACCCGUUUGCCAUCACAAUGAUUGGAAGUCCAACGCACCAGUCGUCGAUUGCUGCAGCAGCCGGGUUGAUCCCUCCACACAGCAGCAGCAGCAGUGGCGUUGUUGGUGGUGGCUCCACCAAUAGCAGUAGGCUGGUACUCAAUGCUAAUUCAAGCUCUUUGCCCACAGCUCAGCCCAAGAAGGAGCUGAUGCACUGGAACUCUGUCCACAACCCGUUUAGUGAAAGUGUCUUUGGAGUGCUGAACAGCUCCAAAACACCGGAAGGAGUAGGGAAAGGAGAGGGAGGAGGAGAGAGGAGGAAAUCUCGAUCAUCAGAUAGUGAGCCACGCAGGAACGCCCCUCCACUCACGAGGCAUUCAGGACCACAGGAGGAUCUGUGUUUUUCCACAGAUAAAGAUCAAGACUGCCUGGAUCUGAACACUCAGAUAUCAUGCAGUGUCAGUUCACACAAGGGGUCCAAACACAACUUCAGACAGGACAAAACUGAAGUGGUCGCAGCUGCACCACCGAGAGCAACCCGGGCCAAGAGGACUUCAAGCCGACUCAGCGCCUGUGAGAGAUCCCGGUCUCUGUGCUCCUCCCCGCUGCCGGAGCCCAGCCCUUCCCUCACCUCCUCCUCCUCCUCCUCCAGCCCCAGUGAUUGGCCUCAAACUAGCAGCGACUGGUGGAGUCAGAACCGAGCUCCAAGUCCGGCCAGGGCAGGACAAGCCUCACCGCUGCCCUACCAGCACCAGGACCACCAACAAAGACAGUUGCACCUGUCCCGAGGCCCCAGUCCCAUUUCCCUUAGCACGCAGGAGGCCUGGCCGGUGGCAGCAGCCAUAACAGAAUAUAUCAAUGCCUACUUCAAAGGUGGACAACACAACCGCUGUCUUGUGAAGAUUACAGGCGACCUGACAAUGUCUUUCCCUGCUGGCAUCACCCGGAUUUUCACAGCCAAUCCUAACGUUCCCGUGCUCAGCUUCAGACUCGUCAACAUCUCAAAGAUCGAUCACUUCCUGCCAAAUCAGAAGCUGCUGUACAGUGAUCCGUCUCAAAGUGACCCAGACACCAGAGACUUCUGGUUCAACAUGCAGGCUCUGCAGCUCUACCUGCAGAGAGAGGCGGAACUCAACCCUCAGGCCUCGUACUACAACGUCGGCCUGCUCAAGUAUCAGGUGUCGUCUCAGGACCCGGGGCGGGCUCCCCUCCUGCUGUCCGCAGAGUGUCAGCGCAGCGGCACCGUGACCCGGGUGUCCCUGGAUUACCACUGUUGCCCUGCCACCGCACCCUCCACCCAGCUUGCCGCUGUCCAGGUGCUGCUGCCAUUAGACCACACUGCCACAGACCUGCAGUGCCAGCCACCCGCCUCCUGGAACGCUGAGGAAAGACGGCUGCUGUGGAAACUCCCCAACCUCUCCCCGACCAAUCACAGCAAAGGCUCAGGUACUCUGUGUGCCAGCUGGCAGUGCCUGGAGGUCCCCCGCGGCCCUCCACCCAGCCUGGCUGUUCAGUUUGUGGGCUCCGGGGCCUCGCUGUCGGGCUUGGACUUGGAGCUGGUGGGCAGCCGCUACCGCAUGUCGCUGGUCAAAAAGAGAUUCGCCACAGGGAAGUACUUGGCCGGCUGCUCCUUGUGAAUCGUGUAAAGGACCAUCACUGCAGGUUCAGAGAACUUUGCACUUUCUUCUUCAACCGAGAGCCGACCAGAGGAAAGACGACUGGAGUAAGACAUUAAAACUGAAGGACUCGAACCUCGAAGGACGAUGUGCACUUACUUCUGACAGUGUCCUGCUGUUCUAGGACCAAGCCUUUCGUGUGUGUGUGUGUGUGUGUGUGUGUGUGUGUGUGUGUGUGUGUGUGUGUGUGUGUGUGUGUGUGUGUGUGUGUGUGUGUGUGUGUGUGUGUGUGUGUGUGUGUGUUUUAUUUAAUUUCCUCUUCAUUGUUUUGAAACUGCAAACUGAGCUAGAUGUCAGGAAAGGAAAAUAAAGUUAGCAUCGAACCAAGUUGCCAUGGUAACUAGAAUUGUGUGUAUAUACACCUUAGACAAGAAAUCUCUGGAGCAAGUUCAAAGAUCAACCAAGUCAAUUAUGAAUGAAGAUGUUCUACAAAAAAUCUGCUGUUUGUUCCAAAUCAAGGUUUUGUGAUAUUGUUUGAUAAAAAAUAAAUGUGCUCAAAUGUCUUGGUUAACACCAGUUUAUUACACAUUGUAACCCAAGUACAAAAUACAGCUGAACUAUGCAGUUUAUUACAGACCAUCAUCUGUCCUUAGAUAGUUAAAGUGUAGUCAAGAACAGGUUUAGAAAUGCACAAAAAUAAGGGUUCAGUAUACUUGUAAAAUGAACCAAAUCUAGUUCAAUAAAAAAUAAUCCUCCGCCAAAAAUCUAAAACAGCUUUACAAAACAUUACAAAGAACACACAGAAAUUACUUUCUCAAAGCACUUGAAGGCAAAUUACUGUGACAGGCACAACUUACAAAAGCCUUAAAUAACUCAAGCUCAAGGAUUCUCAUCGCUACAACAAAAUCAUCGGGGGGGG